GUUUCGUAAGAACGUCCGCCCGUCCGUCCGUCCGUCCGCAAUUUCGUGUCCGGUCCAUAACUCUGUCAUCCAUGAAGGGAUUUUAAUAUUACUUGGAACAAAUGUUCCCCAUGAUGAGACGACGUGUCAUGCCCUUAGCUUAAAGGUCAAGGUCACAAUUUAAGGUCAAAGGUCAAGAGGGCUAUUUUCCUGUCCGGUCCAUAACUCUGCCAUCCAUGGAGGGAUUUUAAUAUUACUUGGCACAAAUGCACCUCAUAAUAAGACAAUGUGUCAUGUUCAACUUUCAGACCCCUAGCUCAAAGGUCAAGGUCACACUUGGCAGUCAAAUGUUAACAUAGCAUGAACAGGGUCUGUUUCCUGUCCGGUCCAUAACUUUGUCAUUCAUGAAGAUAUUUUAAUAUUACUUGGCACAAAUAUUCCCCAUGAUGAGACGACGUGUCAUGCGCAAAACCCGGACCCCUAGCUGAAAGGUCAAGGUCACAGUUUGAGGUCAAAGGUCAACAGAGCUUUUUUCCUGUCCGGUCCAUAACUCUGUCAUCCAUCAAGGGAUUUUAAUAUCACUUGACACAAAUGUACCUCAUAAUAAGUCGAUGUGUCAUGCACAACUUUCAGACCCCUAACUCGAAGGUCAAGGUCACACUUGGCAGUCAAUGUUAACAUGGCAUGAACAGGGUCUGUUUCGUGUCCGGUUCAUAACUCUGCCAUCCAUGAAGGUAUUUUAAUAUUACUUGGCACAAAUGUUCCCCAUGAUGGGGUGAUAUGUCAUGCACAAAACCCUGACCCCUAGCUCAAAGGUCAAGGUCACAAUUGGAGGCCAAAGGUCAAUAGGGUUUUUUUCCUGUCCGGUCCAGAACUCUGACAUCCAUCAAGUGAUUUUAACAUUACUUGGCAUAAAUGUUCCCCUUGAUGAAAUGACGUGUCAUGCGCAACACUCAGAACCCUAGCUUAAAGGUCAAGGUCACACUUGGAGAUCAAAGGUUAAUGGGACAUUUUUCCUGUCCGGUGUAUAACUUUGUCCUGCAAAACAAUAUUUGAAUAUUACUUGGCAAAUGUUCACCACUAUGAGAGGGAGUGUCAUGCACAAGAACCUGGUCCCUAGGUCGAAGGUCAAGGUCACACUCAGAUGCCAAAGAUCAGAUACAAGAAUGACUUUGUCUGGAAAACUUCUUCAUGCAUGGAGGGAUUUUGAUGUAACUUGACAUAAAUGUUCACUAUCAUGAGACAGAUUGUUGUUCGUAAGAACCAGGUCUCUAGGUCUAAGGUCAAGGUCACGCUUAGAGGUCAAAUGCCAAAUUGAAGAAUGACUUUGUCCGGAGCAUUUCUUCUUAAUGCAUGGAAGGAUUUUGAUGUAACUUGGCACAAAUGUUCACCACCAUGAGGCACUCUUGUUUUUAGAGUUAUUUCCCUUUGUUUUACUAUAAAUAGCUUAUAUUGUAACUUACUUAUUACAGGCCGUAGGGAAAAAUCGAGACCAGUUUUCUGUGGUACAGUAUGCAUGUUACAUCCAAUUUUUAGGUGUAUUUUGACCUAUCUCUACCUGGUAAAGAGUUUUGUGUGGACUUAUAUGGAUAUAUGGAAUUUUUUUACUAUAAAUAACGUUACCUUUUUGAUAAUCGGCCAAAUAUGCUAUAUGAAAACAACUAUAGGGUUUUGUAUAUACAAAUUUUAAUCCAAGUCUUUUGUUUUUAGCAUACUGUAUAUAUAGUACAAUAUUGUUUAUACAUCAUUGACAGAUAUCAGUUCAUUAUGCUAUACUGUAGUAGAGAAAAUUAGGAGCCUUCCAGUAGGGGACUUUGUAUUGCAUGGCAAUACUUCAUUCACUUGUUUUAUUUGUCCUUUAUUAAACUGUUUGUCAAUCUAUGAGUUUGUCCAUCAGUCACAAAAGGUAGAUCCAGCCGAAUUUCACGGCCCGUAGGUGUACUAUGUUAUAAGGCGACCAGACGACGUUUCGCGGAGCGACGCUCUUCGCUGGGGGGUGGGGGUGGAAUGUUUGUUGUCGUUUCUCUGCGACAGAACGAAAUAACGAAAUGGCACAAGUCAGCCACCAUAAGAAAUGAAAUAAUUGUUUCAGAGUUUUGUUUAUGCAAACUGAACACUAGCACAAUUCAUGGAUUUGUCGUUCACAUUCUGUCGUUCAUUUUAAAUGAACUCCGAAAAAAUAAUUUCAUUUCUUAUUCAUAAUGUACAUAUGAGGAAGCCGGGGCAGAAUUUCAUUGCAAAGGGUUAUGGCCGCUCGCUUUGAAUCAUUUGCCCCUUGUGGCUGUAGGAUAUCGAAAUUACGCUUAGGGUAUAAAAUUGUUCAUGCGAGUAAACCGUCAUGGUGGUUUAUGGAGGUUUAUUGUUUUACCCAGUAACCUACCCAUACCUAAACUAAUACCCAGAGGAAGAGCUAGGGUCUUAUUUUUGAAAGAGAUAAUUAUACAAGUUAAAGCAUAGCAAAAGUUCCUUCUAGGGCAUAUCUAUAUAAAUAUAGAAUGGUCAUCUUGUAAAAUUUUGGUUGCAAUGUCUGUUUUAUACUGCCAAAAAAUUUCAAGUAAGUAUUUACGCUAGUUAUUUAACAUAAAUUGUUAAAUCCAACAACAAAUUAAACCUGUUACCACUUUCAGUAGGGUAAAUACGGCAAUAAGACAUUGACCCGGUUAAUCAAUUACGAUUCGAUGCGUGAAUUUGUUGCGCAUAAUUAGAGGGUCGCAAUGGGGUUUGUUUUCAUAUAUUAACUAUGCAUUUCAAGGUAACGAUAAUAUUUAGUUGUUUACAUUUAAAUUUGCUGAUAUAUGUCUAUCUGGUCGACUGAAUGUAUGUUUUUUUUCCUCAAGAAUGGAGGAAAUAACAUCCUCGGGUUUAGUAAUAUGUAAUCCACGGAACGCGUUAAGUCAGACAGUCGCCUUAAUUAGGAAAGCAUAUUCUAACGUCAGAGGUUAUUUCUAAGGUCACGGAGUUUUAUUGGCCAGCUUGUAAUGACAACAGGUUUCGGUAUCAGUAGCUCAGUCAAGUGUGACUUAUUGAACUAUAAUAUUCCUUCUCAAGAGAAGGAAUAAUGACCUAUAAUUAUGUCGGUGAGAAGUUAAACCCAACAAAAAAGUAAUAUCCAGCCAUGUUUUGAAUAUUAAAGAACUCUUGUUUUAAAUGAACAGAACAGAAAUAUUUUAUCAGUCAUUUCAAAAGAAGGUCAAUCUUCUUAUCUAGUCUGGACAAUAGCUGGGUCAAUUUUGAAGGCCUAUACAUUACUGGUGUUUAACUUAUAGGUCAGCUUACUUUUUAUUCAAAUAAGGACCAAAGACGUGAAAAAGAUGUUUUUAGUUGCAAGCUCGGUACUUCCCAUUUUGCUGGUUUUCGAACUUGGAGAAAGUUUUAUGCUAGAUGGCAGGCAAGGACCUGUAGUUAACACAACCUGUGGUCCGAUCGAAGGCUUAUCGCAAAAUGGUGCACAUGGUUUCCGUGGUAUCCCCUAUGCUUUACCACCAGUUGGUAAACUAAGAUGGCAACCGCCGAAGAAAUUGAACAUGGCCGAUGGCACAUGCUGGAACGGAACUUUAUCUGCUAAGAAGUAUGCAAACUUUUGCUACCAAUACGAAACAGAUACAACUUUCUAUGGAAGUGAAGACUGCCUUUACAUGAACGUGUUUACGCCAACCCUGGAUAAAGCUGCUAAGUUACCAGUGAUGGUCUGGGUUCAUGGAGGCGCAUACUCUGCCGGGUCCGGAAAUGACGACAAUUACUUUGCAGACGAAAAGAUGUCUGGGGAAACAAAUGUUGUUUACGUUAAUCACAAUUACAGACUUCAUACUUUCGGAUUUAUGGCAUUACAAAUAUUAGCAGAUGUUUCACCCACAAACACAUCCGGUAACUAUGCGUUCAUGGACACAUUGGUUGUUCUCGAAUGGGUCAGAGACAACAUACAGAACUUCGGGGGUGACCCGUCACAGGUCACACUUUAUGGCCAGAGCGCCGGCGCAACACAUGUUCUUGCUUUAAUGGCUUCUCCGCUGUCGAAGGGUUUGUUCCACAAAGGCUGGAUGGCAAGUGGAUCUCCACGUUACGACAAACUAGCAAAGGACGCAUAUCAAGAUAAUCUCGUUUAUCUUAAAAACACCAAAUGUUCCACAGUGGAUUGUCUCCUUGCGUUGACGUCACAGGAAGCGACAGAGGCCGUACCAUGGGAUGAUUUUCCAAACUGGGACAUGUACGAUCAGUAUGACAUACCUAAGAAACUUACCAGGUUCGAUGGUAGUAUGGCGAUUGUGGACGGAUAUGUUGUACCAGAACCACCAUUUGAAGCAUUUGCCAGUGGAUUUAAAAUGGAUAUUCCAUUCUUGGUCGGUAGUGCCGGACAAGAAAUGGACGGAGCUACCCCACCAAGUGAUAUGGGAACUUGGAGCAAAAGUAACUAUGAAAGAUUCGUCCAUCAGCAGCUGGACACGUUCAGUACGUACAUUGCCGACAUGACUUUGAUAAUGUAUCCAGCAAAACUGUCCGCCAGAUAUCAGUGGGCUAGUAUGGUCAGUGACAUACGAGUUAACUGUGGGAAUAAUCUUUUGGCUCUAAUGGCAGCCAAGACCUUUACCUCACCUGUCUAUCGUUAUGUGAACACCAACAGACCGUCGAAGCCAUUCGGCGACGGAGGAGGAUCGAUCUACCCAUUCCAUACACAUGACAUGUAUGCAUUCUUCGGAUACUUGUCCAGCUAUUUGUCUCCACUCAGCGAAUCUGACAAGAAAUUUGAACAGAACAUGAAAAAUGAAGUGAUUUCUUUUGUACGUCAUGGUCACCCAAACACAACAGCCUGGAGACCGUUCCCUGGAUCGACUGGUCUCAUUUCUGAUACGGUAACAACCAUCCCGGAGUACCAUGCAGCAGAGUGCGAGUUUUUGUUUGCUAAUGGCUUCUUUCCCUAUUCCUGGCGCCAGUAGAUAGAUAGAAUCUUUUUAUGUAAUAUGUUUGAUUUUUAUGUUUCAAUGAGACAUCCUUAUGACAACAUAUUUGUAAAUGAACAGAGUACAUGUAAUUAGUUAAUUAAAAUAUAAAUACUGGAUUCAA